CUGCCUUCUUAGCUCCAGCUCUCGCCUUCUCUUAUCUUUAUAGAUCAAGGGAAACAGAGAAGACAAGAGAGGCAAACAUGGCUACCACUGUUACAGGGUUGGGAGCUGGAUUUGGUCUUUCAUGUUCUGCGAAGGUUUCUCGUAGAGCUUCCUCUUCUUCAAGAUCCUCUUCUUGUUGCGUGAUAAUGGCUGUUUCCGUUGAAGAGCAAAAAAAAUUCACUCUCCAAAAAUCUGAAGAAGCUUUCAAUGCCGCCAAGAAUUUGAUGCCUGGAGGUGUAAACUCCCCUGUACGUGCCUUCAAAUCUGUUGGUGGACAGCCAAUCGUGAUUGAUUCGGUGAAGGGCUCUCACAUGUGGGACAUUGAUGGCAAUGAGUACAUUGACUAUGUUGGUUCUUGGGGGCCAGCCAUAAUUGGUCAUGCAGACGACGAGGUUCUGUCCGCCCUGGCUGAAACAAUGAAGAAAGGGACUAGUUUCGGUGCUCCUUGUCUCUUAGAGAAUGUUCUUGCUGAGAUGGUGAUAUCUGCUGUGCCAAGCAUUGAAAUGGUCCGGUUUGUAAAUUCAGGAACAGAAGCAUGCAUGGGAGUGCUCCGCCUGGCCCGUGCCUUCACUGGUAGAGAAAAGGUGAUCAAGUUUGAGGGUUGUUACCAUGGACAUGCAGAUCCAUUCCUUGUCAAGGCAGGUAGCGGGGUUGCAACUCUGGGGCUACCUGACUCACCUGGUGUGCCCAAAGAAGCUACCUCUCAGACUCUGACAGCAGCCUUCAAUGAUAUCUCUGCUGUUGAGAAGCUCUUUGAGUCUAAUAAAGGAAACAUUGCUGCAAUUAUCCUUGAACCUGUUGUUGGGAACUCUGGCUUCAUAGCUCCUAAACUGGGCUUCCUUGAUGCCAUUCGAAAGAUCACAAAAGAAGACGGUGCUCUCCUCAUCUUUGAUGAAGUCAUGACUGGAUUUCGCUUGUCAUAUGGUGGAGCUCAGGAAUACUUUGGCAUAACACCUGAUUUAACAACUCUGGGAAAGAUCAUUGGUGGUGGUCUUCCAGUUGGUGCUUAUGGUGGAAGGAGGGACAUCAUGGAGAUGGUGGCACCAGCAGGACCAAUGUACCAGGCUGGAACCUUGAGUGGGAAUCCACUGGCAAUGACUGCUGGCAUACACACCCUGAAACGGCUGAAGGAGCCAGGAACAUAUGAGUACUUGGAUAAGAUCACUGGUGAACUUACUCAAGGUAUUUUAGAUGCUGGCAAGAAGACUGGUCAUGCAAUCUGUGGAGGAUAUAUAAAUGGGAUGUUUGGGUUUUUCUUCAGAGAGGGGCCUGUUUACAAUUUUGAGGAUGCAAAGAAGAGUGACGCUGCUAAAUUUGCAAACUUUUAUCAAGGAAUGUUGAAGGAAGGUGUAUACUUGGCACCUUCUCAAUUCGAGGCUGGCUUUACAAGCUUGGCACAUACUUCUGAAGAUAUUCAACAGACAAUUGCAGCAGCUGAAAAGGUUCUCAGGCAGAUUUAGGUGUCUAUCCCUGUAUCUCAUUAGUCAUUAGGCUUGAAUAUUUUCUUUUCAUUGCCACUUAGAAUUAGCAGAUUUUGUACUAGUUUUAUCAAUAUCUCUUGUUAUUCAAACACUUUCUGUCUGGGUAAUAGUGUUCUAAAUGCUGUUUAAGCUUUGUAAUUUUUAACUUGUAUCCACACCAAUGAGUUUAUGCAUAUUGUAUUUUAAUGGGAAUUUGUAAAAA